UACAAUUAUUUCAUUCUAUAUGUUUGUUUUUUCAGUCUGGUUGAGACGAUAGCGGUAGACGAGGAGGUGGAGGAGGAAAUGGCGGAUGAGGAAUGGUGUGUGGUUGACAGCAGCGAUUCGCCGCCGGCAAAACGCGUCCACUUUUCUUCAGCGUGUGAAACGCCAAAACGUGGUGGAAAAGGUCGGGGCCACAGCAUUUAUUUUCCCGAUCAACGCGUCAUCGCUCAGGGCAGAGGAAGAGGCCGGCAAAUUGUUGCGGGUGGAGUGAGCGCGGAGUCGUCACUGCAGCAGACCAGUCGUAAUAGUGGACACCAAGCUGAAGCAUCAUUGAUUCUGCUAGACGUGACAAACUCAACUCAACCGAGAGUCGUGAACGCUACUGCUAACAACGACAACGAAGCCGAAAACAUUGAUCCGCAAACCUCUUCAAAGCGAUAUGAUAUAAACAUAAUGUCAAUGGCAAUGGAUGCGCCACUGUUGUUCUAUUUGCUGAAUGGUAACGAUGCGUGUAGUGUUAUUAAAAGAAUAAUUGAUCUUUUGUGUACGCUUAAAGCGAUGUGUGUAAAACGUGUUGAUAUUGAAAAAUGCUUUCUAGUUAGCUUAUGUAAAAAAACAUUUUACAAUGAUGUUGUUGUUAAUGUUGAUGAUGAUGAUGAUAGUAGCAACUACGUGCAUAUGGUUGAUAGCUGUGUCUGCUGGUUGAUGGUGUGGCAGCGGGGGGAAGGCAGCACUACUCGGGCUGGUUGGUAUGCUGGCAAUUGGGGAUGGGGUGGGGCUGGGUGGACUGGGCCUGGGCGUGCUGGGGCUGUCAAUGCUCGGGCAGUGGGGAAUGCUGGCUGGGGGGAGACUGGCAGCAUCACUAAUCAUGGUGAGGGCGGGAUGAACGAUGUGGCUGCCAUGGUGGUGUUGAUCAGUGCAGGAGUGUUGGUUGAAGUUUCGCAAUUCAUAGCUGCGGUGAUAAUGGCUUACUUCUUCAAGGGACUACAACUUUCUGAAAUAGAGUCAGCUCAGCAUGAGAUUCUUGAUAACAAGGAUGUUGAAAUCGAAGAUGCUUCUGUUACCUCCAGAGUCAGUUGA